GAGAAAGAGAGGGGGAAAAAAUAAAAGAAAAGGAGGAGGGUGAAAGCAAGAAGAGAUCCUGAUGGCAAUCAGGGCACCCUGACCAGCUCCUGCUUGGAGAAGGGGGGCAGGCGAGGCGGAAACGAGAUUUCCCUACAAGUUUUUGCUGCUGAAGGUUGCUCAGGAGCCUUCCUCGGCCGGCGAGGGGGGAAACCACUCCGGGACUACUCCAGCAGUAGGAAGACCGAGGAGUGGAGUGGAUGAAUAUACCGAUGAGAGAUCCAGUUAUCCCUGGGACAAGCAUGGCUUAUCAUCCUUUUUUACCUCACCGGGCACCGGACUUUGCCAUGAGCGCUGUGCUGGGACAUCAGCCUCCCUUCUUCCCGGCUCUGGCUUUGCCUCCCAACGGGGCGGCUGCCCUCUCUCUUCCCGGGGCUCUGGCUAAACCCAUCAUGGAUCAGUUAGUGGGGGCUGCAGAGACUGGUAUCCCCUUUUCUUCCCUGAGUCACCAGGCAGCAGCCCAUCUGAGGCCUUUAAAAACUCUGGAACCAGAAGAAGAAGUGGAAGAUGAUCCGAAAGUGCAUCUGGAAGCCAAAGAGCUUUGGGAGCAGUUCCAUAAAAGAGGCACGGAGAUGGUGAUUACCAAAUCGGGAAGGAGAAUGUUUCCUCCAUUUAAAGUGAGAUGCACUGGACUGGAUAAAAAGGCCAAGUACAUUUUAUUGAUGGAUAUUGUGGCGGCUGAUGAUUGUAGGUACAAAUUCCAUAAUUCCCGGUGGAUGGUAGCCGGCAAAGCUGACCCUGAAAUGCCAAAGAGAAUGUACAUCCACCCGGACAGCCCGGCCACCGGCGAACAAUGGAUGUCCAAAGUCGUCACCUUUCACAAGCUGAAGCUCACUAACAACAUCUCUGACAAGCACGGAUUUACCAUUUUAAACUCCAUGCACAAGUACCAGCCCCGGUUCCACAUCGUCCGAGCCAACGAUAUCCUCAAGCUUCCCUACAGCACGUUCCGGACCUACGUUUUCCCGGAGACUGAAUUCAUCGCAGUGACCGCAUACCAGAAUGAUAAGAUCACUCAAUUAAAAAUUGACAACAACCCGUUCGCCAAAGGGUUUCGAGACACUGGGAAUGGAAGGAGGGAAAAAAGGAAGCAGCUGACCCUGCAGUCCAUGAGGGUGUACGACGAGAGGCAAAAGAAGGAAAACCCCACCUCGGACGAGUCCUCCAACGAGCAGACAGCCUUCAAGUGCUUCGCGCAGUCCUCCUGCCCUACCGUACCUGCCGUCGGCACCUCCAGCCUCAAAGAUCUCUGUCCCAGCGAGGGAGACAGCGACGCGGACAGCAAAGAUGAUCCCUUGCUAGAAGCCAACGAGUCGGGCAAAAUCAGCACGACCACCGGCACCACCCCAGCACCGGCCAGUUCUGCCUCGGCCGUGGGAGACGACCCCCGGGAGAAGGGGGGCAGCCCCUCCAAAAGCCACUUUUUCCCCAGUGACUCGGCGGGGAGUCGGAGCCGAGAGAGGACGGAGAAAGCCCCUCCGGACUCCAGGCACAGCCCGGCUACUAUCUCUUCCAGCACCCGGGGGGGAAGCUUGAGCGGCGAGGAACUGAAAAGCCCCCUCAGGGAUGGUCCUAAAGUAGAUGAGAACCGGCUGCUGGGGAAGGAGCCCUUCGCCCCUCUGACGGUGCAGACCGACAGCACAGCCCACCUGAGCCAGGGACACUUGCAAAACCUCGGCUUCCCCCCUGCCCUGGCAGGCCAGCAGUUCUUCAACCCGCUGGGGAACGGGCACCCGCUGCUGCUGCACCCCGGGCAGUUCGCCAUGGGGGGGGCUUUCUCCGGGAUGGCCGCGGGAAUGGGGCCGCUGCUUGCCACCGUCUCCGGGGCAUCUGCUGGUGUCUCGGGACUGGACAACACGGUGAUGGCCACAGCGGCGGCCCAGGGACUCUCGGGAGCAUCGGCGGCUGCUUUGCCUUUUCAUCUGCAGCAGCACGUUCUGGCUUCUCAGGGCCUGGCUAUGUCUCCCUUCGGAAGCCUCUUCCCGUAUCCCUAUACCUACAUGGCAGCGGCCGCCGCCGCCUCCAGCGCCGCCUCCAGCUCGGUGCACCGGCACCCCUUCCUCAGCGCCGUCCGGCCCCGGCUCCGCUACAGCCCCUACCCGCUGCCCGUCCCGCUGCCUGACGGCAGCAGCCUCCUCACCACAGCCCUGCCCGGCCUGGCUACCGGCUCCGGAGAGGGCAAACCCGGAGGGUUAACUACCAGCCCCGGUUCCGUACCCCUGGACUCCGCCUCGGACCUCACCAGCCGCUCGUCCACCCUCUCCUCCGGUUCUGUCUCCCUCUCCCCCAAAUUGGGAGCAGACAAGGAGGCGGCAACCAGUGAACUGCAAAACAUCCAGCGCCUGGUCAGUGGGCUCGACCCUAAACAGGACAGAUCCCGCAGCGGCUCCCCGUAAAACCCCCCGGCCUCCGGGACCUCAUUUCAAAUCAGUCUGGCAGUGCACUUUGUUUGAAAGAAACCACAUCCUCCACCCACCACUUGU